UUGGAGAAGCUGAAAUUAAAGAUAUAAUUGAUUUUGGGGAUCCCACAUUUAAAUGUGAAUUCUGUGGAGCAUUGUUAUGGGUCCGGAUAGAGUAACUGUUGCAGUUACCCAAUCUAAAUCUGACGAUGCUCAUAAUGAGGUGCGUGAUGAGACAGAGAAAUACUAUGAUUGUCGUUACGUCUCUGCAUGUGAAGCAUCUUGGAGAAUUCUCUCUUUUGAUAUACAUCACAGAUGGCCAGCAGUAUUGAGGUUGAAUUUCCAUCUCCCAGGACAGAAAUUUGUCACUUUUAAGGAGCAACAAAAGUUAAAAGAUGUUUCCAGACAAAAUCUUUACAAGCCUUCAAUGUUUGAGGCUUGGAUGAUUGCAAAUUCAAAGUACAAAGCGGGGGAAAAUCUAACGUAUGCAGAAUUUCCAGGACAUUUCGUGUUCAACAACAAGGAGCGUGAAUGGCAUCCGAGGAAACAGAGACCAUCAAUAGGCCGCCUACAAUAUAUGCCUGCAGGAACAAGAGAGUUAUACUACUUGAGAAUACUAUUAACUGUCCAGCGGGGGUGUACAAGUUAUGAAAGCUUGAAGACAGUUAACAAUGUUCUGUAUAACACAUUCGAGGAGGCAUGCGAUGCUAAGGAAUUUAUUGAAGGUAUAAAAGAGGCUGCUGAGUUAGGUUCUGGGAAUCAGCUUAGAAAAUUGUUCGUCACGUUGUUAGUGACAAAUACCAUGAGUCGCCCUCAAAUUGUUUGGGAAAAAUCAUGGGAACGCCUGGUGGAUGGAAUUUUAUUUGAUCGAAGGAGACUAUUUCGUAAUCAAGGUAUUUCAAACGUGAAAUAGUUUUAACAUAUUAAUCUUUACAUAAUGCAUUGUCUUGAAACCUACAAUUUUUAUUCAGAACUUUGUAGAAUUAAAUAAGUUCUAUUAUU